AUUUGAACACUUCUCAUACCGCGAUGAUUACCAACCAGUUGGCUAUUGGCAGCCUAUCCUUAGGCCAGCACCCUUCUCAUGCUCUGGAUCACAAAGUCCGGGUUGCUGCCCAAGCUGGAUUCGCCGGUAUUGAAAUAGUCUUUUCAGACCUGGAAAGAUUCUCCCGGACCAAUGGCCUAUCUGUUUUCGAAGGCGCCAGCAGAAUAAGGGCGAUCUGUGACGAUAAUGGUCUCAGCAUCCUCUCGUUAGCCCCCUUCGAGAAUUACGAAGGAGACCGCUCGCCAUUGAUCGACAGGCUACAGAAGGCCACCCAAUGGAUCGAAAUAGCCAGAAUUCUACAUGCACCAUUCUUGCAAGUUCCUGCUCAAUACGGGGUCGAUGCUAUUGACGACGAAGAUAUCAUUACCAGGGAACUACGGCAACUAUGUGACCUGGGAAGCUCCAAACGGCCACUUGUCUCGAUCGCGUAUGAACCCAUGUCUUGGUCAACCUGCCAUUCAACAUGGGAGUCUUCAGUGAAGCUUGUUGAAUCAGUCUCGCGGGAGAAUUUUGGGUUGUGUCUUGAUACCUUCCAUAUCAUCACGAAGUUGUGGGCCGAUCCUUUCGCGCCAUCGGGAACGUAUCCUGAUGCAGACAACAUCUUGCGGGACUCUCUCCGUCGCUUUGUGCGUGAAUGUCCACUGGAAAAGAUAUUCUUCGUGCAAUUGUCCGAUGGGGAGAGGUUUGAUCCUCCGUUCUCCAAGGAUCAUCCGUGGUAUGUGGAAGGCGAAGCGCCUCAAUUUACCUGGUCAAAGCAUGCACGUCCAUUUCCGUACGAGACUGAGCUUGGUGCAUAUAUGCCGGUUGCCGAAGUUGCGAGGGCGUGGAUUGUCGAGACAGGCUACAAGGGUUGGGUGUCUCUGGAGAUAUUUGAUCGUCGCAUGCGGGAUGAGGAUAGCAAAGUGGUGGAAUAUGCUGCUUUGCGAGCCAUGGACUCUUGGAAGAAACUGAAGCAUGAGCUUGAAGUUACACAGCCCAAGAUCUAAUAGCAAAAUUUGACUGGCAAGUCCUUGCUAAACGAGGUAAAACGGGCAGAGCAAAUUGCGCGAGACACAAAGCCAAUUCGAAAGCAAUCACAACCACAGUAGAUUUGCGAUUCAAAGCGACGAUAUGGUGAUAUUCACACUUCCAGUCAGUUAGAGCCCCCGUGCAAU